AUGGGCAAAAGAUCAGUCUUCGAGGCCAAUCCAAAGGCCGCCCACACAGGUCACCAUGCGAAGCGCCAGCGCACUGACGGCAGCCACGAUCGGGAGUUCGAGGCGGAAGGAACGAUCGCGGAAGUGACUUCGGCGCAACAGUUGCAGAGAACACUCGUCUUCGACCAAGGCAACGUCGCGGCGCUCCGUCAGGCUCUACAAUCUUUUAAGCAUUUUCUCGACUCGAUCCUGUACACGGCCGACCAAGAUGAUGUGCCCCGCAAGCGCGCUAUUCUGCGGGAGUUCCUGGAGACGCAGAAAUCACAGGCCAAGGAUGCAAAAGAUACAAUCAUACUGCCGCAACUUAUGCAGGCAUGGGACUAUGCUGCCGAGACCAAUUUUGACAUGCUGCUGGCCCAAGUCACCGCGCAGUUGGCGCUACUGUUCAAGGUCUUGUCGACGCAUGCCGAUUUCGAACAAUAUGGGACGCUCCUGUGCAAGACGUUGCUGCAACCCUCGGUCGCAAGGCGGUUCGUCCGAAAUGUGUCGGCGCCAAUCAGCAAAGAAAAUGUUAUCCUACCGGCAGUGCGCCUACUUAUUGAGAUGACCAAAUUCAAUGAAGGCGCCUUUGCUAGGACCGUGUAUGCACGCAAGGACUUUACUUUUGAUCCAAAAAUCUUGACGCGCAACAUUGGAGCUUGGAAGAGUAUCGAGGGUAAGACGGCCGAGGAACUUCAGCGCAAGCCUAGUGUUAGAACGGUGUCGGUUCGGUAUCUCCUUGCACAUUUGCGAUAUCAGGACGAGCGUACCAAGGCCGAAAUCUUGGGCAACAAAGACAUCAUUCGGGCAGUCCUGGACCAUGUGACCGUCGAUCCUCCACAUCUCAUCUCUGAAAUCUUCGACACCUUCCAGAACCAUGUUUUCCUCGACAGGGCCAUACCCCGCACAGUCAAGAGCCGCAUCUUGAAUGGAAGAGCGCUGACCCACAUUGCCGCUCUCUACAGAUAUGAACCACCUGAGGGCUCGAUAGAAGCAGGCCAAAAGGCGCCAGAUGCUCUGGCGCAUGAGUUUCUGCGCUUAGUGUGCACCUCACCCGCCUAUGGUGUUAUGCUUCCGACGCAGGGUUACUACCCGCAAGCUGGCGAUGAUGACGAUGGCGACGUACAAAUGGACGAUGUCCUCGACGCUGACGGCGACUUCAACUUAGAAUCCUCAUCUGGCUCCCAGGAUCCAGUCCGCAACAUCAUCUUGUCCGAGUUCCUGCAAUCGCUCCGACCGUAUGCGCACACUUUACACCAGGAGCUCGUGAUUGACAUUUUCAACGCCUGUCCUGAGCUCAUAGGCGACUACUUUUACAAGAAAAAGGACUUUAAUUAUGAACCGAAACUCACGGCCACUUGGAUUGGGUUCUCCGCGUUUCUUUACCAAACAAUCGAGAUGCCGGUACCGCAGUACUUUGGUGCGUGGCAAGGGUAUCGCGAUUCUCCACCGCCGAUAUACACCUUGCUGCAGAGCGUGUUACCUCAACCUGUCACUCAGCAAGUACUGGUCAAGUGCUUGAAUAGUAGCUCGGAUCUCAUCCAGUUGUUUGCUGUACGCGUGCUCAUUGUCGCUUUCCAGAAAUUACGAAAAGUGACCAAAGAACUGGACAGUGCCCGCCUGUUCCGACCAAGCAAGUCGUGGUCUAGUACCUCUGCACGGAUAGUUAGCGAAUUCGGCCAGCGGUGUCCUCCAAUGAAAGUCAUCGUCACAGCUUACCGACAACCAGCCUUCCAGAAGGGCCUCAAGCGGGAAGCCAUAACUAGACUUCUCAGGCUUUACUACGAGGUGAUGCCUCAGAUUGCGCUCGAAGAAAAGUUUGACGUUUCUGUGCCGCUUUGCAACGCAUUGAUCCAGGCGGAAAAACGACAAGAGUCGGCGGAAGAACAUGCCUUUUGCGUGAUGGAGCUCGAGCACUGGAUACAAAUGGCAAGACACUCGCCGGCGAUGCGCUGGUGGCAAAAGAAUAGUGACGAGCUCUAUGCUGGAAUCAAAAGCCUUCUGGUCGACAUUGUUCGCGAUCAGGAAAUGUUCCAGAUCCAAACUGCUCCGGAUGCGCUUGAUGCACUCAUUGCUAGUUUGAGUGCAUCUUGCGGCCAAUCUGCCCUGGUCCUCGACUUUUUGGACGAUUGCUGUGCACGUUUCAGCAAGGGCCCAAUCAAAUAUUUCGACGAUUUGGAUGCACUUCGCGCCAAGCUCUCCGAAGCAGACGCUGAUAUUGGGCCCUUGAGUCCCCUGUCAUUGACCAUGGUCGAGCAAUGGCCUUUCAAGGGAGGCAAGAGCGAGAAGGGCAACCCGGCAGAACCGCUCGCCCAGUGGCUAUCCAAGCUUUUGUAUCUGCUUAAGCUGAUUGGAGAAGACGAACACAUCUUAGAAUUGGUGCGCGACGCACUGGUCGAUUCUGCCGACAAGCCCUACAAGGAUGUGCUUCAGGACUCGUUCUUAUGGAAAAUGGGAAAGGAAAAACUCAAGGAAGCGUUGAAGCUUGCUACCGGCGCCGACUUCAGCGGGUCCGAGCGAUCAUCCACCUCGCCUACGCCGGUCGAGCAAACAGUAGAGAAGAUGCUCCCUGCGAUAGAUCCAGAGUUGCCCCCAGAGGAAGAUGAGAAGCACACUGGGCUCAACCGAUGGCGCAAGAAAGAGCUCGAGGAGAGCAUCGAGGACGGGCACGUGGGCGAACUGCUCUUAUGCCUGUGCUCCAAGCACAGGGAAAUCCGCAUUCAAGCCGUCAGCAAUAUUCGCCAACUCAUAGCCAUGCUCGACAGAGAGAAAAACGACCAACAGCAGCUUUGGGUCAUGCUCAACCAAAUCUUGGAAACGGUGGGCGCUCUACCUGAUUCAAAACCUCUUCCCUACAUUGGCGGUGUGUUUGCUGCUGAAUGCGUCAAGAUCCUCGCCGAACCGAUACACUUCAUGUACCCCAAGAUAAGCAAGUUCCUCACCAACCGUCCGGACUGGCAAAUCCGCAACCUACCGCGCAAGUUCUCGCACCUCAUCAUCACGAGCGAGCCCGACGAAGACGACGGCUACCACAAGGAAGUCGGCUGGUUGCUCGACUACCUCCUCGACAGCCUGCGCACACCAGAAGACAUGGAGAUUUUCCGCACAAACAACGUAAUUGAGAGGCUACUCAGCUUCUACGCGUCUAAGUCGUGUGCGAUUGCAGAGAAGGAAAAGAUUGUGCGGGUGCUACAGAGGGCGACGAGUGUGGGUGGCAGCACGACGCUGAUUACCAGGUGCGGGCUCGUGAGCUGGAUCAGGAUGAUGCUGGAUAACAACGACCAUCGGCACCGCGAGUUGAGGUACUUGGCGUCGAGGGCAUACGAGCUUUGUGAUCGCGACAAGGUGGACGGGUGGAGCAAUGGGACCAUUGGGGGGAUUGUAGCGGGCAUCGUUGGCGCUUAG